AAGCAGGAGGCAUUGCAUUUCUGAAGAGCCUGUAUUUAUUAUGGGUGGCUGGAUAUCUGCAUGCUGGCUCAGUUCCCUGUAGUAAGGAACUGACCACAUUACUAUUUGCAAACACAGGGUUCACUCAAGUGGUACUAAAAAGAGAAGAGGUGGGGCAAGCAGAGCUUUAAAAAGAAAAGAGGAGUCCGUCCAAGUCUGAAUGUAAAAAACAGCAGCGUUUCAGAGAAGGAUGGUACCUUGGGAUUUUGCUCCCUGCACUCCACUGAGAGCUGUGCUGAAGAGUUUUCUGAAUUCUCUGCUUUUAAGAUUUAAACAGCAGCUUUGUUGCAAGGAAUUUUGAAGCGAUUCUUGCGAGCAUGGCUUUUAAGCUGUGUUAAAUUUGUGGCAAGAGUGUCAGGCAUUUCAUACUUGGCUUCCAAAAGAGAGAGAAAAAAAAAAAAAAGAAACGAAAGAGAGAGAGAAAAAAGCCCUGAUGUGUGGGGAAGAAAUCUCCCAGGAAUUUCUUCAAGGUUGUAGUCAGACACAGUAAAGUCUAAAGUGACAAGAAAAGCAAGGCAAAGAUAAAACUUGAAAUUUUGAUAAGAUGUCUGAGUCAAAAGUGGCAGAUUGCAGAAAACUUUUGGGAUUACACAUGCUCAUCUUGUCCUGGAUAUGAAUGAAUACAAGCUAGUUUUUUUCUAGUGACAGCUCAGAAAAUCCCUCAAGAUUAUGUUUCUCUUCCUUGUUGCUUUUUUGCCAGUGGUUUUUAAAAUUGGUUUUGUCAGCCUCUCAGCUCUGCAGCACUGGAACUGUCCUAAUGGAUACAGACUAAAGCCUGAAAACUCUGCUUGUGUAGAUAUUGAUGAGUGCCUUGAAGGCGAUUUGGGAACCUGUGGCCAAACCUGUAUCAAUAUUCCAGGGUCAUACAUCUGCUCCUGUUUGCCCGGCUACUCCUUGGGUAUGGACAAGUGGUCUUGCUAUGUGAAUGACCCAGCACCAUUCCUGCUUUUUAGCCAUGGAAAUGCCAUCUUUAGAAUUGACACUGAAGGGACAAAUCACGAAAGAUUGGUUGCUGAUACUGGUCCAUCAACACUUAUGGAUUUUCAUUAUAUAGAAGAGAAAGUGUAUUGGGUAGACUCUGAAAGGCGACUGCUUCAAAGAAUUCACCUAAAUGGCACAAAACGAGAGAGACUAUGUUACAUAGACAAAGGCAUUUCAGGAUUUGCUAUUGAUUGGAUAAACCAGGACAUUCUCUGGGCCAACAGACAGAAAGGAACCGUGGAAGCAACAGACAUGAAUGGGAAGAAACGCCGAGUUCUACUCAGAGCUGUUGGUCGUCCCACAAGGAUUACCAUUGACGCUGAACAAAGGCUGUUAUUCUUGUCUUCAGAUAGUACAGUUUCCAGCAUACACCGAGUGUCCCUCAGUGGAAAUGACAUGAUAAAUAUUUUAAAAACCACAGACAAAGUAAAGGCCAUCUCACUAGAUUUGAUUGACACAAGGCUCUACUGGAUCCAACAUGACCUUGGAAAAGAGAUUUCCCAUAUUGGAUCAUGUGACUAUGACGGUGGAGCUCUUCGUUUCCUCAGAAAUUCUGUCCGACAUCAAUUGCUGGGUAUGUCACUCUUCGCUGAGCACCUGUACUACUCAGACUUGAGGUCUGGCAUGAUAUGGAGAGCCAACAAAUAUACUGGAAAUAUUGUGGUCACAAUUAGCCUGAAGCCAUCAUUUUUCCCACCAGUGGAGAUAAAAAUAGUACAUCCAUUUAAGCAGCCAGGUGCAAGGACUGAUUCUCAGGAUUUGGAAAAAGGAAUCUGUGAUUUGAACAGAGAAAAGUGCAGACGAAGAAUCUGCAGGCCAGACUCAAGGACUCAUCGGUGUAAAUGUUCUAGUGGCUUUAUUUUAAGUCGAAAUAAACAGUUUUGUGAAGACAUUAAUGAAUGUGGCUUCUGGAACCACGGCUGCACUUUAGGCUGUGUGAACAUCCCUGGUUCCUACUACUGCACCUGCCCGAGAGGCUUUGUUCUGCUGCCUGAUAGGAAAACUUGUCAUGAGCUAAUUACCUGUACAAGUAAUAACACCGGAUGUAGUCACGGCUGCCUUCAAACAUCUAAAGGCCCUGUUUGCUUUUGUCCAGAGGGAUCUGUACUCAAAGUGGAUGGCAAAACAUGCACAGGUUGUACAUCUCCAGAUAACGGUGGCUGCAGUCAGAUAUGCUCUUCUUUAAGCCCAUCCUCCUGGGAAUGUGCUUGUUUUCCUGGAUACAAACUUCAGCGAGACAGAAAGCACUGCACUGCUGUAGGUCCUAAGCCAUUUUUGCUAUUUGCAAAUGGCCAAGAUAUCCGCCAGAUCAGUUUUGAUGGAACAGAUUAUACAAGUUUACUUGACUGGCAGAUGGGAGUAGUCUUAGCACUGGACUCUGACCCGGUGGAAAAUAAGAUUUACUUUGCCCACACCGCCUUGAAAUGGAUAGAACGAGCUAAUCUGGAUGGUUCAGAUCGUGAAAAGGUUAUUCACGGAGCUAUAGAUACACCCGAAGGCCUUGCUGUGGACUGGAUUAACCGUAAAUUGUACUGGACAGACAGAGGGAAGGUGUGCAUUGAAAGGAGCAAUCUGAAUGGAAUGCAAAGAAAAAUGAUCAUCUGGGAGGAUCUCUCUCAGCCCCGAGGGAUUGCCAUUCACCCAUUUGCUAAGAGAUUGUUCUGGACGGACAUGGGGGUCAGCCCGCGGAUUGACAGCUCUUCAUUAGAGGGCUUCGAUCGCCGGGUCGUGGCCAGCACUGGCCUGGUGUGGCCCAGUGGGAUAGCUCUCGACUACUUGGCUGACAAGCUGUACUGGUGUGAUGCUAAACAGGCCCUGGUUGAGAGUGCAAACCUGGAUGGUUCUGGGCGUCGAGUUCUUGCACAGAAUGAUGUAGGCCACCCUUUCGCUGUAGCGGUGUUUGAGGACCACCUGUGGUUUUCUGACUGGGCUAGGCCAUCACUAGUGAGGGUGGACAAGAAAACCGGCCAAAACAGGGUACGUCUUCGAGGCAGCAUGCUGAGACCCUCAUCAGUGGUUGUAGUUCAUCCUUUGGCGAAACCAGGAGCAAAUCCUUGCCUUUAUGAGAAUGGAGGCUGUGAUCAGAUCUGUGAAAACAGUUUUGGAAUUGUCCACUGCAAGUGCCAUCCAGGAUUUGGGAAAACUCAAGAUGGAAAAUCCUGUUAUGCUCUGGAUUCUUCCAACUCAACAGCAGGAAGUGUCUCUAUGCACAAGGAGGUAAUGCCAAUGCCACCACCAGAGACUGUGCUCCAGAGCACAGGAAGCACUGGGAUUUUUAAGGAUGUAAACAAUGGGGAAAAGCAGAAAAAAACUUUUUUUAUGGCUGAAAUCAUGGUAUCAGAUGAAGAUGACUGCACUGCACUAGAAUGUUAUGUCAAUGCAGAGUGUGUUUUGCUGGAAGAUGGUGCUACGUGCCAGUGUUUGAAAGGAUUUACCAGGAAGGGGAAAUCAUGCUAUGAUGUUGACGAGUGUGCCGUGCACAUGGACCGCUGCAACCGCAGCGUGUCAGACUGCAUCAAUACGGAAGGGGGAUAUGUCUGUAAAUGCCUGGAAGGCUACACUGGAGAUGGAGUCCAUUGCCAUGAUAUUGAUGAGUGCAAGACGGGGUCCCACACCUGUGGAGAGAACAUGACCUGCACAAAUACCGAAGGAAACUUCACUUGCUCGUGUGCUGAUCAUGCCUCUGGAACUGGCAUCGGCUGCAAAUCUACUGUUCCCCCAGCUUCUGCUAGCAAUGAAUACACUACAAACGCUGUGCAUGCUGAUACUGUAGGAUGUCCUCCUUCCUAUGAGUCAUACUGCCUCCACGGUGGAGUGUGCAAUUAUGUUUCUGACCUACAAGACUAUGCCUGCAACUGUGUGACAGGCUACGUGGGGGAGCGCUGCCAGUUCAGCGACCUGGAGUGGUGGGAGCAGUGGAGCGCCGGGCGCGCCAAGGUGCGGAACAUCGCCAUCACCGCGUGCGCCGCCGCGCUGGCCCUGCUGCUGCUGCUGGGCCUCCUGGCUGCCUACUGCCACAGAAGUCAGAAUUUGUAUAAGAAGAAUCUCUGUGCAGAAGCGACGAGAGCCGCCAGCAGCCGCACUGACAAUGAGAGCGUAACACCUACUGGCAACAAGUCUCUGUUUGCGGUUUUUAAGGAGGGUAACAAUUCUCUGGAGACUAAAGCAGUUGAUCUAAUUGAGUGUGAGAGAGCAGAUCCUCAUCCUGUCUGUCUUUCAGAAUCAGAACAGCCUGUAGCACAUAACAAAGCAGCAGAGACUUUGGCAGAAGAGGAGGAAGAAGAACAAGGCCUCCAGAAAGAGGGUCCUGUUGGUGAGAAAUCACACCAGCCCACGGGAGCGGCGAAGGGCCUGCCCCAGGCUCCCUGGAACACCCACCCCAAUCCCCUGCCAGAAACGGAGCCUUGCAAUCUAGCCCCAGCCAGCUUGCUGAUGCAGCCAGACUAGAAGCAGUCUGUGUUUGAAUGGGAAAAGGAGGAAGUCAGCGAAGGAUGGGAACUCACUAAAGCACUAAAGCAACACUUUUUUUUUUUUGUUCUUUUUUUUUCCAUUAAAAUCUGCUUUGGAAAACCCCCCACCAUUAUUCAGAACAAAACAGAGAAGUCCUUGCCACUCCUUCCCUGUCAUAUCUACUUAGAAGAAUUACUGUGAGCACCGUGUUGACAAUGAGUACUCUAUAAGUGUCACUGCUGCUAACUUCAUUAACUGCCUGCUAAAAGGUCACUGAGAGGAAGGUAGUCAAGCAGGUGAUUUAUCAGUAAUAAGUAUUUUCUAAGAGAGCUUGUUGGAAGUUGUGAUCUUUACACGCACAGAAACUGCCUAGAAAAUGUGACACAAGGACAGCUGCAGAGAAACAGGAAUGGAGGAUAACACAGAAAAAUUAGUUCAAAAUGGGUCUUACUAUUAAAAUAUUUUUAUGGACGCUAUAUGCCUAUCCCCAGUGCUGCUGACAGAAUGGUGUAACUUCUUGGAUUACACCUGAGAUGUUUUUGUGUCUACCAAGCACCAAAUAAGAUCUUGCAUGUCUCAGGUUUUUUGUACUGGAGGAUGGUUUGCAGGCGCAUGUUAUUAAUGAUGGGCAGCAUUUGAGGGGAAGGUGAUUCCUCAUUUUUUUUUUCCCCAGUCUACACUGCUCCUUCAGAGCAUAACAGGAUUAUUUCUGGGCUGAGGAAGUGGGUUUGUGUCUGCUUUCAGCCCUGUGGAGAGGGAUGUUCUGGGGCUGUCCUUGUCUUACAGGAGUGUGCCAGGCACCAAAACCUGAUCCAUUGUAUAGGACUCAGUGUGAGGAAGAAGUCCAGCCAAUUGCUGUUCCAAAAGAACAGGAGUGGGACAAAACCACAAAAAAGCCACUUCAGUUUGGACUGACUUCCACUCAAGUGAUUUGUGCUGCCUGUUAAAUCUGAGGGAACAACUAGAAAAACUGAACCCAUUUUUCUUAACACCUGUCAGGUUAUUUACUGUCUUGUAAAGCUCUUGUAUGCACAGAUGAGGUCAGGUAUUUAUUGUGAAAUUAUCUCAGCUGGUGUGAGCAUGGUGAUAAUAAAACCAAGGUUGUGUGUUCAAUCCCUGUAUGAGCCUUCCACUUAAGAGUUGGACUCAAUGAUCUUUGUGGAUCCUUCCAUCUCAGAACAUUCUGUGAUAUCAAGUGAUUUUCACCAACUUCUCUUGACUUCCUAAAGUUGUUUUGAAGGAUAACUGCACAUCAGCUAAAUUACUAAUAAUGAUCUUAUUAUUUGUAGGGGAUCCCUCUGUUCUCUGUUUGAAGCCUGCUGUUGUAACCUUUAAACUCUGCUACAGUGCCCACCACUAAUGUUCCUUGUAAUUCAUAAGAUGGAUAAUAGUGGCAAAUAUUACUAAUUUGUGUGUUUACUAUUCUGCUUUUCUGGGUUCUUUUUGAAGUGUGCCAGAAAGGUAUGAAAUGUUGUCUUUUUUUUUUUUUUAACCAGCUCUGUAGGCCAAUAUGGUAAUGAGUACUGAAAGACUCUUGCCUCUUAUCCAAAAUAGUUCCACAUUGGAGUAACUUUGUGAAGUCAAUUUUGUUUUAUGUUUGUGAAACUAUUAGGACACCGAGUCCAAGUUGUCAGAGUUACAAAAAUUAUAAUGAAUUAUAAUGCUGGUUUUGUAGAGGAUUGCCACUUAUUUAACUUCUAAAGUGAUUUUUGCUGGUGAUUUUGAAUUGUUGAGUGUGUUUUCUAACCACAUCAGUUCUGGAUUCAGAACAAACUUGUAAAACAUGCAUUUCCAGAGCUUAGUUGGAACUAUUAUCAGUGAAGACUUAUUCUCUUGUGUGAAUGUUAACAAGGGUACUUCCACAGAAAGAGAAAUGGUUGAGAGGUGUUGGCAUACUAAACUGUGUUCAGGAGCAGGCAACAACUGUGUUGAAUCAUUACGAUUUGGUAGAUUUGAUUUUAAGUUCAGUAUUGUUUCAUUUUACUAACAUUGCUCAACGCAUCUAGUUUGGAUUCGCUGGUCUUUCAGUUACUGAUCUUCUGUAUUUUAAUGUGAAGAGAAUCCACGUCUAAGGGCUCCAGCUCAAAAAGCAUUUUGUUCCCAUAAGAGCUACCCAGUAAAAAUGCUUCAAUCCCUGCACUUCAAGUUUCUCUGGUGAAGUAUGUUUGUGUGCUUAAAAUGCAAGUGAUGUGUCGAAUGGCAGUCAACAUUUCAUUGGAAGUUUCCCCAAUCAAAAUAAAGACCUGUAACUUUGAAUCUUGAUUGAAUAAAGAUAUUUCAGACUCCUUAAAAAUUAGUUUGCUAUUCUGUCCUGAGUUUUUUGUUUACUUUGCUUUUCUUCCAAGGAUGUAAUUUUAAAUUUGAUAGUAUUCUUUACAGAAAAAGAUAGGGAAACCAAGCUGAUAUUUUUUUUUAAUUAGAGUGUUUGGAGUUUUAAAUGUUUCCUCAGCUUUAAACUCAAAAUAAUCUUUAGUGUAAAAACUUGAAAUCGUAUUUCAAAUACAAAUAUAAUAUAUUUGGUUUAUUUGUAUGUUUAUAAAGAUACCAAUUUAUAAAAUAAAAG